AUGGAGAUCACGCCUGGUUUAUCCGCUUUUGUCACCGGCGGCGCCUCCGGGAUCGGUAGAGCUCUCUGCUUGGCUCUUGCAGAGAGAGGAGUCUUCGUAAGCGUUGUUGAUUUCUCCGAGGAGAAAGGCAAAGAGACGACUUCUCUUGUACAAAAGGCCAAUGCUCCUUUCCAUCCUUCUCUAAACUCUCCUUCCGCUAUCUUUUUCAAAUGUGAUGUCACCAAUAGAGCAGGUGAUCUCGUUGCUGCUUUUGACAAGCAUUUGGCCUCGUUUGGAACAUUGGACAUCUGCAUCAACAAUGCUGGGAUUGCUAAUUCUGUUCAAUUUGAUAAAGAUGAUACUGAUGGCUCUAAAUCAUGGAGACACACCAUUAAUGUGGACCUCGUUGCUGUAAUCGAAUGCACACAACUUGCUAUCAAAGCUAUGAAAGCCAACAAAAAGCCUGGAGUUAUCAUCAACAUGGGCUCAGCUGCGGGUCUUUAUCCAUCGGCUUUAGAUCCUAUCUACUCUGCUUCCAAAGGCGGUGUGGUAUUAUUCACAAGAUCAUUAGCAUACUUAAAGCGUCAAGGUAUCCGCAUCAAUGUGCUUUGCCCUGAAUUUAUCCAGACGGAGUUAGCUGGAGCUAUUGGUGAUUCCUUCUUGCAGUCACUAGGCGGUUACAUGUCUAUGGACAUGUUGAUUAAAGGUGCUUUUGAGCUUAUAACCGACGAGAGUAAAGCCGGGGCAUGUCUAUGGAUUACCAACCGCAGGGGUUUGGAGUAUUGGCCGACUCCGAUGGAACAGGCAAAGUACCUGGUUGGUUCAAGUUCCAGCAAAAAAAAUUCCUUUAAAGUAACUUCAAAUAUCAGACUUCCUCAAAGUUUCGAGAAGAUAAUUGUACACGCCUUGUCUCAUAAUUUCCGCAAUGCUACCCGCAUAGUACAGGCACCACUACAGUUACCCAUUGGACCACACCAAGUUCUUCUGAAAAUCAUUUAUGCUGGUGUAAACGCAAGUGAUGUGAACUUCAGCUCAGGUCGUUACUUUAGCGGUGGCUCGCCCAAGCUUCCUUUUGAUGCUGGAUUUGAGGGAGUUGGACUAAUUGCAGCAGUGGGAGAAUCUGUUAAGAAUUUGCAAGUUGGGACUCCAGCUGCUGUUAUGACAUUUGGAGCAUACGCUGAAUACAUGAUAGUUUCUUCUAAGCACGUGCUUCCUGUUCCAAGACCAGAUCCAGAAGUUGUCGCCAUGCUUACCUCAGGAUUAACUGCUUUAACUGCCCUUGAAAAGGCAGGACAAAUGAAAUCAGGUGAAACAGUACUUGUGACUGCUGCUGCAGGAGGGACGGGACAAUUCGCUGUCCAGCUUGCUAAGCUGGCUGGAAAUAAGGUGAUUGCUACUUGCGGGGGAUCAGAGAAGGCCAAGCUAUUGAAAGAGCUUGGUGUUGAUCGAGUCAUAGAUUACAAAGCCGAGGAUAUCAAGACGGUCUUAAAAAAGGAGUUCCCAAAGGGUGUGGAUAUCAUAUAUGAAUCUGUAGGUGGUCGAAUGUUUGAUCUGUGCUUGAAUGCCCUUGCUGUUUACGGACGACUCAUCGUGAUUGGAAUGAUCUCUCAGUAUCAAGGCGAGAAGGGAUGGCAACCCGCAAAUUAUCCAGGGCUCUGUGAGAAAAUUCUUGCAAAAAGCCAAACAGUGGCGGGUUUCUUUCUGGUGCAAUAUAGUCAGCUCUGGAAACAAAAUCUUGACAAGUUGUUCCAUCUUUACUCUCUCGGAAAGCUCAAGGUUGGGAUUGAUGAGAAAAAGUUUAUAGGUCUAAACGCUGUUGCAGAUGCUGUUGAGUAUCUGCAUUCCGGUAAAAGCACUGGAAAGGUUGUUGUUUGCAUCGACCCUACAUUCAGACAACGUCCAGGCUGUGAACAAAAACAUGGACAAAUCGAAAUGCAGCUUUGAUCCCAUGUAGCCUACGGUUAAUAAGCUUUUCACGAUUUUCGUUUAACAAAUCUCAUCAUAUUAAAACCAUUAUAUAUUAUUCCGUUAGAAGUUCGUAAUCACGUUUAGUAGCUGCAUAUUUGCAUAUGUUGUGAUGUGGUGGAAACAACAUGCGGCCAGAGUUUUGUGGCCAUGCAUACCUCUGGUAUGAUCAGAAAUACGCAGCUCUCAGAAGAGGUAAGCAUUUGGUGAUACCAUUGUAACCCUAGCCGUUGACAAUACACCAGCUUACCUUUGCAUAAUGAGAUAUGCAUCAACGGUUAGCUCAACAGAUCGACUGUGCCUUGUCUGAUGCUUUGCUUUGAUGUUAGGUCUUAGACAUUUAAGUUUAUACACAUAUUUUAUGCGAGUUUGGCUGUCAUAUUAAACUGAUCAAGUACAAAAGUAAAUUACUGUUACUCAGAUUUACAUAAAGAAGCCACAUUUUAAAGAAUAAGUGGUCUCUAGUUUCCAAUAAGCAAAC